CCACAGCAAGUACAUAAGACUGACGUAAUAAGAUAUUCAGCAUCAGUAUACGUUCUAAAAAACGACCAAAAUGGAGCGUUUCGCCGCAGUACUCUGUUUCUGCUUCGCGGCUCAAGGAUCUUUCGCACAGAUAUGCGAACCCGUUGACGUACUCGACACGACUGUUUUAGCAAGAACGUUCGCAAAAGGCGCACUAAGCCUUCCUGUACCAACUUUGGAAGCAGAUGAUCACUUGGCCGGUAUAUUUCAGAUUAAUUAUGCAGAAGCAGCCGGGGCCUACGGCCGGUCUUUAGUAUUGAAUGUUUACGAACAGGCGAAAAUUCAGGGUAAGGUUCUAAUAGACGUUAUUAACGAGCUCGCUAACGAAUGGCAAUGGUCGAUUCAAAUGAUGGGCACGAAUCAGGGUGUCGAGGGAGUCUGUAAAAUCGAAGACGUCAUGAAUCGGAUUGCGAUGCAGUUUCAAGAAUUCUUAUCAUUGUCACCUGGACCUGGAAUUCCCGUGCAACCGCCGCUGCCGCCCUUGCCGAUGCCAAAUCUACAGCUGAAUCCUGUAGUGCGUCCAUUGUCGCCCCAUAGCCUGUUCGUGAACUACAACGCCACGUUGAACGAGAUUUCCUCGAACAUUUACGCGUAUACGGGUUCGAUAUUUUUGGCAGGGUGGAAUUCUGUAUGGUCCUAUUAUGAUAUAUACGGAUUGGAAGUUCGCAACGAGAUCCUGAAUGACAAGGUAUUAGAGGUUUACAGACGAGUCGCAUUGCAAAUCAAUAUGGAAUGCGAUUUCAUUAAGGAUAAAGUCAACCCGGCCCUUUGGGAAUCUUACAAGCUUGCUGCUGAUCGCAUAGAGGCGGAAUGGAACGCUUACCAAGUCUACAAAAGUCAAGUAGCAUGCGUAGCAGUCCUGUGAAGUACGUUGAAGGAUAAACUUGGUUCUGUCUGCGUUGAUAAGAACAUUGUUAAACACUAUCAGCAUAUGACUAAGGAAAAGUUAGUUUCCGGAACGGACUUGUCACUACAACUGUUUGCCAAUAGUCCUUUCUUGUCAAAAUACACGAGUAGAACCAUGAA